UGGGCAGGUGCUCACUGUCAGGCUCGGGAGAAACAAAUGAGCCAAGGGCUUUCUGUGUAGGCAUCAGAAGUGCAGAGGAAUGAAAGAGGAGGAAAGGACUCAUUUUAUGGCCCAGUUACAGAAUUAAGAAAUUCAGGAGUCAACCUAGAUCAUCUCAGGCAUUCAGGGACGAUGAAGUUGGAGGAAAAACUUGAGCACAGUGAAAGCCUUGUGGGAAGGAGUCAGCCAUGUCUACAUGACACGCAUCAGGCAAAUGGAAAACCGAGAGCAAAUGGGAAAGCAGAGGUUUAUGAAAAGCAGGAGGCAAAUGGCAAGGGCCUCAGGAAAUGUCUCAACCUGUACACCUGGCAGGAGGUCCAGAAACACAAUAAGGAAACCGACCAGUGGCUGGUGAUUGAUCGCAAGGUUUAUGAUGUGACUGACUGGGCCGGCAAGCAUCCAGGUGGCCAUCGGGUCCUCAACCACUAUGCUGGGGAAGAUGCCACGGAUGCCUUCCGGGCCAUGCACCUAGAUCUCAGCAUUGUGCAGCUGUACCUUAAGCCACUGCUCAUUGGAGAACUUUCUCCAGAAGAACCUAGCCAGGAGAAAAACAAAAAUCCACAGCUGGUGGAAGAUUUCCGUGAAUUGCGCAAGACAUUAGAGAACAUGAAUAUGUUCAGUGCCAACCUGGGGUUCUUCUUUCUCCACCUUGCACAGAUCUUGGUUUUGGAAGUCUUAGCAUGGCUAAUGCUAUGUCAUUUCGGCAGUGGCUGGACUGUUACAAUAUUCGUUUCUUUUCUUCUUACAGUUUCUCAGGCUCAAAGUUCAUUUUUACAACAUGACAUAGGACACCUUUCCAUGUUUAAGAAGUCCAAGUGGAACCACCUGAUGCACAAAUUUGUAAUGUGUCACCUCAAGGGCCUGUCAGCUGACUGGUGGAAUUAUCGACACUUCCAGCAUCAUGUAAAACCAAACAUCUACCCCAAGGAUCCAGACAUUGAUGUGGGCCCACUUUUCCUGCUUGGAGAUACUCAGCCUAUCAAGUAUGGCAAGAAGAAAAUAAAAUACAUUGAUUAUGAGAAGCAGCACCUGUACUUCUACAUGGUUGCACUUCCCCUCCUCAUGCCUGUCUACUUCAAUCUCCAAUCCAUGCAAGUGAUGUACCUUCGGAAGUACUGGACGGACAUCGCUUGGGUCAGCAGCUUUUACAUUCGAUAUUUCAUCACAUUUGGCCCUUUCUAUGGAAUUUUUGGAACAAUAUUGCUCAUAUUUUUGGUCAAGUUUAUUGAGAGCCCCUGGAUUGCCUAUGUUACCCAGAUGAGCCACAUACCAAUGAAAAUGAGCAGAGAAGAGAACCACGAUUGGCUCAGCACUCAGAUUGUGGCAACCUGUAAUAUUGAACAGUCCUUUUUCAAUGAUUGGUUCACUGGGCACUUGAACUUCCAAAUUGAACACCACCUAUUCCCCACAAUGCCACGCCAUAAUUAUCACAAAGUGGCACCUCUGGUGAAGUCACUGUGUGCCAAGCAUGGAUUGCAGUAUAUAAAUAAGCCCAUAUUGAAGGCAUUUGGAGAUAUUGUCAGGUCCUUGAAGAAGUCUGCUGCCCUCUGGAUGGAUGCUUAUUAUGAAUGAUGCAGAGCCGUGCAUUUAUUGGUAUCUCUGAAGGGGGUGGUGGCUGUG